GGCUCUAGGUGAGGAAAACCUGUUUCCGCGUUAUAUUUUUAAUAUCCAGCUCACAGAAAAGCUGUAUCGUUAAUUAUAUUUUCUGGGGAGGAGGAGGAAGAGAUCUGUGCUCCUUUUCUCCGUUUUGUUUUCUACCCAGCUCAAAAAUGGAGCACAACAAUCGGUUUUGCUUUUCUAGUUAUCGAACUAGUCUCCUCCUACUUGUCUUCGUCCUUUCGAUCUGGCUCUCUGCUUCUGCUUCCAUUUCAGAUGAUGUAUUUGGGGAUGGAGCUUCAAUCGGUCGGAGCCUCCUUCAGACCAAGACACCUUGCCCUUCAAAUUUUGAGUAUUUGAACUACACUAUCAUCACAAGCCAGUGCAAAGGACCGCUGUACCCCGCAAAUGUCUGUUGUGCAGCAUUUCUAGAAUUGGCUUGCCCUUAUGCUGCUGAACUGAAUGAUUUAACUAAUAAUUGUGCCACAAUCAUGUUCAGCUACAUCAAUCUCAAUGGAAAUUACCCACCCGGCCUCUUUUCCAGCGAGUGCCAGGAUACCAACUCCAAGGUCGGUGUUAUGUGCCCUGCAACUGCGCCAACACAAACAGCUAAUGACAGUGGGACGAAGAUCAUAUAUACUCCAUCCCCUUUGGUUGUGCUAACAACAGGCUUCCUCCUACUGCUAUUGCGAUUCUUCUGAAGGCUUAUCAUGUUAUUUUCUCCAUACAUUGUUCUGUUUUGUUACCCUUGUAGAAAUCGCUGCUUCCAAAUGAAUGUCUAGGCCACGAUUUUCCCUUUCACUGGCCAUAUCUGCCGGGAUUGCCCUUUUUCAAUGGUGCUAAGAGCUAGUAUUUGCUUUGAUUUGUUGAUUACCUGAGUAAUUUAUUAACACAAAGACUUGUGUAGAGAUUAGGCUGAUACUGUGUUUAAGAUUCUGGACUUGGGAAGUUAUUUUGUAAAUUUUCCUCCUUUCCGAAGGUGGUUUAUCUUGA